AAAACCCUUCUCUCUCUAGAACUCUCUCUUUCUCUCUCUUCGCCCGCUCUCCCCCUCCUCUAUUUAUUUCCAAAAAAAAAACCCCAGUGACCGAAUCUUUCAGUAGAUCCUCAAUCUUGCCCCCUGAAUUUGACAUCGAUUCGGCGUUCAAAGAAUCGAAAUUUGUAGAUAGAAGUUUGGAAGAAGAACCCAAACCCUAGUUUUCUCUCGAGGGAGCAGGAGGACGAUGGUCGGAUCGAAUUCGCUUCUUGCUUAGCUACAUUACGAUUGGGAGGUUCGUUUAGUGUGGGUUUGCGGAGCUUCAAGCCAAGAAAAGAUAAAAAUGAAUGGAGAGGGGACUUUUAAUUCACAUAUUUUGGUUGAUAAACUUGCUAAACUUAACAGUACACAACAGAGCAUUGAGACUUUAUCACAUUGGUGUAUCUUCCAUAGAAAGAAUGCAAAACAAGUUGUGGAGACGUGGGAACGACAAUUCUAUUGUUCUCCAAAAGACCAACGAGUGUCUUUUCUUUAUCUUGCAAAUGAUAUUUUGCAGAAUAGUCGGCGGAAGGGUAUGGAAUUUGUUGGGGAAUUUUAUAAAGUUCUUCCUGAUGCACUAAGUGAUGCAAUUGAGAAUGGCGGUGAGUUUGGGAGGAAAACUGCGCUGAGAUUGGUUGAUAUAUGGGAAGAACGUAAAGUCUUUAGUCUUCGUGGGCAGACUUUAAAGGAAGACUUUUUGGGAAGGAACAGAAAUGGAAAGAAUAUCAGUUACAAACUGAAACAACCAUCUGGACAUAUGCUUGAAAAGCUUACUUCAAGUUAUCAUGAUGUUUAUAAUGGUUGUGAUGAAGAUACGUUAUUUGGAAAAUGUAGCACAGCUAUUAGCUCAGUCGAAAAGGUUGAAAAGGAAAUGGGAAAUGACUUAGGUAACAUCAACGAAUCUGGAGUUGCAGACGAGUUGUUAGCGCAGCAAGCCCUACUGAAAGAAUGCAUAGAACAAAUGAAAGCAGCUGAAUCAUCUAGAACAACAUUGGUGUCCCAUUUACGAGAAGCACUUAAUGAGCAGGAGUUCAAGAUUGAAGAACUGCGAACGCAACUUCAGGUUGCCCAAGUGCGCUAUGAUCAAGUUGGAAGCCUCUUGCUUGGACAGGCGCCAGCUUUGCCGCUUCCUUGCCAAAAUAUUGACGAAAUACCACCGCCUCCACCUGCUUCAGCCUACUCUGAAGCUCCUCCGCCUCCUGAUUUCCCUCCAGAAUCUCCAACCAACCCAACGGUAGAAAAAUCGCUGCCGACAAAUGGAGAGCAGCAGACAGUGGCAUCCAAUGCCUCAGGACAGAGCAUCAGCUAUGUGCUCUCCUCUCUGGUAUCAGACGGUGUCAUUGGCCAGCCCACGAGCGAGGAGGAUCAUCCUGAUGCUAGCAAGAGGCCGAGGCUCAAUAAUGGGAACCUUGGAAGUGUGCCUUGUUUCUUGCCUCAGCCGAUGCUUUCACCUACACUUCCGCUGGUGACUCCGUUUACCUAUGGACCACCACCAGUGCCGCCUAUGCCAGGUUUUCCAGUGGUUGGCAUUCCUCCGUAUCCAGGCCCUAUGAAUCCUUUCCAGUUUCAGGGAUCGGACGGUGGUUUCUUUGUUCAGCCACAGUAUCCGGCUGGCCUCCCGCCGAGCUCCCAGCAAUAGUGUAGCGUUUUGGUUUUAACUGAAUAGAGAUUAGGACUGUAGAGUGUUGUACUCUCUGCUCUACAAAAGUUUGGUGCCCCUGGUCCAUAAUUACACAUAGUUAACCUUGGAUAGUUUGUUGGAUGAAAGUGAUAUACGUGUUGUACAUUAAAUUAAGCUUUUAUACUGGACCUCAACUUCAUCAGUUUAAGCAAAGAGAAUUUUCCGAAUUGAUUUUGAAUUUAUACAGUUUUGACUUUUGAGGGGUAUUUUUUUAA